CAUCCUUUUCAAGUGCUUCCCCAAUCAUGUCAAUCUCACACCACACCAUUCCAUAUAUUUUAAAACCCUACCUCAUCUUUCUCCUCCAAUCACCAUCCUCCUAGUUUCCAUUCAAUCAUGUUGCCCUAGACACCUGUUCUUUAAUAUAUUAUAUUAUGCUUAAUUAGUAAGAGAGGGAGAGAGGGUUAGGUUUGUUAAGGUAUGGGUGGCGGAAAGAAGAUCGUUGACCGUCGAUUUACCGGACAUGAUGCAAACGAAAAGAUCGCGAUUCAUCAGAUCAUGCUUAAAUACCGGCCGAUCGCUCCUCGGCCGGUCACUGCUGAGAUUCCCAGCCGCUCGAUGACGUGUAUCAGAAGCAAGAGGAAGUACGUUAGGGUUAAGAACAAAGAUAAAGCCAAGAGUACUGAUUCAGAUAUGACUUUAGGUAACACUGUACUGAAGGUACCGGAUUGGAACUACAAUAAAACUGGAAGCAAUGAUCUAUCGAUGGCGGUGCAUGGAGGCAAGGUUAUGGAGUCGUGGAUCACGACCGAGUCGUUAACUGGGGCCUGUGAGGUGGGAAGAUGGUUAGGAUACGCAGACGAAAUGAUACGAAAGAAUUUAGAGAACGAUAGCAGCCCGGGCUUUAUAUCAAACUGUUUUGAUGAAGUGGAAUGGGUUAAUCUAGCGUACCGGAGGAUAGGGGAUCCGUGUGGAGGGGCGGCGUCGGAUGUGGUGGUUUGGUUGGCUAUAAAGUUUGAGAAAUUGGCUCCGGUGAAAUAUUGGCAUUGUUUUUCAUGCAGAGUGAGAGUUGAGUAUGAGUUUUUGAAUAAAAAGUCACAUAUGAUGGUUCCUUGUGAUGUCUGGAAGAUGGAUUCUGGUGGUUUUGCGUGGCGGCUUGACGUCGGAGCUGCUUUGUGCUUGGGGCGGAUUAGUUAAUAACAUCAAAAUUAAUAUUUCCGUACAGGUGAAGAAUGAAGAAGAAGAUAAAAGUUUUUUAAAGGAGUAAAACGUCAUUUUCGUUCUUGAGGUUUUGGCACGUAUUUGUUUUUCUAUAUCUACAUCCAAAAGGUUUGAGAUCCUGCCAUUUUUAUCUGAAUCGUUAACUUCAUCAUUUUCUCUGUUAAAGCAGGAUAUUUCCGUUUUUUAAGACAUAUUUUAUUAAAAUAAGAAAAUACUAUAAAAAAUAAAGAUUCAUCUCUAUUGUCUUUUUCCCCACCAAAACACUUUAAUCGUCACAAAAAUGUCUAAAAAUAUGAAAAUACCUAUGACUUAAUGUUAAAGAAUAGAUGGAGUUAACAAGUCUGAUGAAAAUGACAAGAUUUCAAUCCUUUUGGAUACAGGUAUGGAAAAACAAACAUUUAAACGAAAGUCGUAGAAGUAGUCAAACCAUAGGGACGAAAAUAACAUUUUACUCUUUUUAAAAGGCUCACACUAUCUGCGCACCAUGGUUGGCUAUCUGCACACUUAGGUUUUACCUACGCUGCGUAUAGACCUAUACGCAGCGUAUAGGGUUACCUCUAUACGCUGCGUAUAGAGCUAUACUCAGUGUAUAUAAACCAUGGAUUUCAGAGCCUUAUUAGCUAAAUUGCACAGAAAACAAGGGUUUAUAUACGCUGCGUAUAGAGCUAUACUCAACGUAUAUAACCCAUCCGGUUUUUUUUUUUUUUUUUUUUUUUUUGCUAUUUUGAUGUAUUUGUGGUAUAAAUUCUCACCUGGUUCCAACGUUAAAUUGCUUAAAAUAUAUAACCGUUAAUGUUAUACCAAUAAUAUUAUAUACCGUUAAAUUGUUUUGGAAAACGUAUAUACGGUUCGAAUAUAUUAUAUUGUUAUCGU